AUGCCGCCACCUCAGCACACGCCUUCGAUCACGCGGCUGGAUCUGCUUGACUCGCUGUCCGACUACGACCCUUAUCGCUACGGUGAAAGCUUCUCCCGACUGAUCCAGGAGGCGGGGCUGAGCGAAAUGGAAUACUGGUAUGUGCGCCAGCUGGUGGUUCUGUCUGUAAACCACGAGGCGAGCCGCGACACUAUCCUGUCCUUCCUAUCAAACGGAGGCGGCACGACAUAUCCGGAAGCGGUUCGGGUCAAGGUGCGGGACUUCAUCCUGAAUCGCACCGUCCAGCAUGCGCUCGAGUGUACGGACGGCUCGAGGAUCGCCAUCCCGCACGUUCUAGUUAGCCAAGCGAGCUUCGACAUCAUGCACUCCGUAAGCCUUCACCCGGGCAACGCGCGGACCGUGGAAGGUAUCCUCUCCCGACCCACGGCCGUGCAGAUUAAGCUCGAUGACGCCCUUCACGCUCGUGCUAAGCACCACCAUCGUCAGUUCUGGCUCACCGUCAACGCGGGUAGACCCUCCAAGGCUGGGAAAGACAAGUGGGAGAGGCUGUACACCGCCCAAGUCGCCGAGCGCCAACCGCUCAUUUACGUCACGCGCGGCCAACAGGGCGCACAGGAAUACCUUCCGCACAAGCAGACCUACACUCAGCAGGACCUCGAAAUGUACAUCCGCCUCGUGACUACGUCUGAAGGCGUGUAA